AUGAUCCUCAUGCCGGCCCUGCUGCUGAUCCUGACCCUGUUUUCAGGGCUAGCUGAUGGAGCCAGCCUCAAGCCUGAACCAAUGAGCCACCUAGGUGUGUGCCCCAACCAGCUCAAUCCCAACCUGUGGGUGGAUGCCCAGAGCACCUGUGAGCGAGAAUGCCAUGUGGAUCAGGACUGCAAUGGUUUUGAAAAGUGCUGCACCAACGUGUGUGGGCUUCGGAGCUGUGUGGCGGCUCGCUUUGCUGACAGUAGCUCUGCCGCUCCGGCACCAGCUGCCUCCUGCGAAAGCUUUGUCUGCCCCCAGCAAGGCUCUGAUUGUGAUAUCUGGGAUGGCCAGCCCGUGUGCAAGUGCCGGGACCGCUGUGAGAAGGAGCCCAAUUUCACCUGUGCAUCGGACGGCCUCACUUACUACAACCGCUGCUACAUGGAUGCUGAGGCUUGCCUUCGGGGCCUCCGGCUCAGUGUGGUCCCCUGCAAGUAUGUCUUCAGCUGGCCCCACACCAGCCCCGGGCCUCCUGAGACCACCGCGCCCCCCACGCCUGGGGCAGCCCCUGACAUACCCAUCCCGCCAGCCCUCUACAGUAACCCCUUCCACCAGUCAGUCUAUGCAGGGGGCACAGCCAGCUUCCACUGUGAUGUUAGUGGCCGCCCACCCCCUGACAUCACCUGGGAGAAGCAGAGCGAUCAGCGGGAGAACUUUAUCAUGAGGCCUGACCAGAUGUAUGGCAACGUGGUGGUCACCAACAUUGGUCAGCUGGUGGUCUAUAAUGCACGGCCUGAGGAUGCUGGGCUCUAUACCUGCACUGCCCGCAAUGCUGCCGGCCUCCUCCGAGCCGACUUCCCCCUCUCUGUCAUCCAGCGGGAGCCCCCGGGAGGGGAGCUCCCGGUCCCCAGUCCACCACCCCCUGCUCCAGUGGAAUGUCUAAAGGAACCAGACCGUCAAGACUGCCAGGGCACCAGCGGCCGAGUACAAUGGCACUUUGAUGCCAAAAGGGGUGGGUGUACCACCUUCCAAGACAAUGGCUGUGAUGCGGGUAAUGGCAACCGAUUCGAGACCUAUGAGGCGUGCCAGCAGGCCUGUGCUCGGGGCCCUGGGGAUGCCUGCAUCUUGCCUGCCGUGCAAGGCCCUUGCCGAAGCUGGGAGGCUCGCUGGGCCUAUAGCCCACUACUGAAACAGUGUCACUCGUUUGUGUAUGGGGGCUGUGAAGGCAAUGCCAACAACUUUGAAAGCCGGGAGAGCUGUGAGGACGCGUGCCCUUUCCCCCGGACACUGCCCUGCAAGGCCUGCAGGCUCAAAAGCAAGAUGGCGCUUAGUCUGUGCCGCAGCGACUUUGCCAUCGUGGGGCGACUGACAGAAGUGAUCGAGGAGCCUGAUGCUGGCAUUGCCCGAUUUGCCCUGGAGGGCGUGCUCAAGGAUGACAAGAUGGGCCUCAAGUUCUUUGACACCAAGUAUCUGGAGGUGACGCUGACUGGCAUAGACUGGGACUGUCCCUGUCCCAACAUGACGGCUGGAGAUGGGCCGCUGGUCAUCAUGGGUGAGGUGCAUGACGGGGUGGCUGUGCUCCACCCCAGCAGCUAUGUCAGGGCUGCCAGUGAUAAGCGGGUAAAGAAAAUCUUAGAGUUGAUUGAGAAGAAGGCCUGUGAGCUGCUCAACCGUUUUCAGGACUGAGCCUGGGUGUAUGUGCACGCAUAGGCAUGACACACCCCUAAAGGGGCAGGUUCUGCCCAAUCCCUAGAGCCUCCUAGAGCCCCACUCAGCCUGUGCUCAUCAAGAGGUGAAUAAAAGGUGUUUAUCUCAAGUCUUUGUUACCCUUCUGCCCU